AACUUUCUCACACCACUCCUUGCACUGUUAUGUGAAUUCUCUCCUGUUUCAAGAGGUCCACAUAGUCUUGGACGACCAGCUUUGCUUUUAGUUGAAGAAUCUUUCAUUUUUAGACUGAAAAAAGCUUAAAUAAAUGUUAUUUUCUACCAAAGCUUGAUUUUUAGCCGGGGCCUGGGUCUUAGUCUUUGGUUGGGCUMCCUGUGUUAAAAUAGCAGGCCAGGCUACGUUAUUCAAAAUGGCUGGACAAAUGGCUGACUUGCAGUGUCUAGAAGACUGGCUAAAACAGAAURAACUCGAGACUUAUCUGCAGAAAUUUAUCGACUGUSGAUWUGACGAUGUGGAUGAAAUUGUUGGAAUGUCUGAUGAGCUGCUAACUCAGCUUGCCAGAGAUGUAGAGAUGAGUUCAAAGCCCAACCAUGUCCGAAGACUGAGAAGUGCAGUAGCAACAACGAAAGGUCAAGUCAUUUGUGGCUCAGAAACACCCAAUGUGCCAACAAAACAAAAUGUUCAUCAAAUGCCAACGACUGUAAGAAAUAUGGUGAUCCCCAAUCCACAUACUGAAAAGCUAAAAUAUUUUAAUGAACUGCUCAUUCAGAUGUAUAACUCCAUAWACGAGUUCUUAUCACCAGUGCAAUUCAAAAGUUAUGUCAUAGCCCAACGCCAAAUGCGAUGGAAAGUGUUACAAGAGAUUGAACAAAUACAAAAGUUUUUUGAUAAUAUAAUUAUCAACCAAGAUAGUAAAGAUGGACAUGCAAUCAACACAAGAAAAUAUCAGACAUAUCCAACCAAGCCAACUAUUCGUGAUGUGAAGUCUGCUGAGAAUACCAAGGAGUAUUUAGAUAAAUUUAUUAACAAAGUGAAUGUUAAGAUCACAGAACUUAGAGAAAGAUCGUCAAUGUUGUUUAACCAGUCCCAUGAGGUCCCUGCUUACAGAAGCAAUGAGUUGUCUUUUUACACAGAUCAUAUCACUGUCCUGGAUGAAAUAAUGAGAAAAACACAGAGUGCAUUAAAUAAUGUCUCUUAUUGUCACAACCAGUUGAGGAMAAGAUUUUUCCCAAAAUGUUCAGAAAAUGCUGAAGAGAGAAGAAAAAAGAGAAGAGCAAAAGAAAACAAACAMAAAACUAAAAAAAGAAAGGAAGCAAGACUUCAGAGAAGUGCAGAAGACCUUUUAAAGGUCCUGUCUCCAAAAGAGCCAACACUUGGUAAACAGUACAUCACAAAAGAAGAUUUGUCAUCAUUAAACAACAAGUUUCUUGCUCCACGAAAGCAUUUGCAGCCACUGCGAUACUUAAUGGAGCAAAAUGUGUUCACUGAUGAUGCAAAGGAGAGAGUUGAAAGCAUAAUCUCUGUAUUAGAAGUGCAUCAACUCAAGAAAAAAAAUAGUCCCAAACAGUCAACUAAGAAAUGCAAAAAANAGAAUCAGCUACCAAAAAAGCAUCCUCAAAAGCAGCCCCUAAGAAAUCAACUGUCAAAAAAUACCCCCAAUAGAAAAAAAGAGCAGCAUCAUGGGUUCAAGAGCAAUCCAAGACAUUCCUUAUGGAGAGAAGACUUUGAAGAUGUCAUGCGCUACAGAGAUCAAGAUACCAAACGUCAUCAGGACCAAAUACCAGACCAAAUUAUAAAGCAAUACCAAAGCUACUGCCAGGAGAAUGAAUUUAAUGCACCUCUUAGCCGCAGCACUCUGUACAGAAUACUCAAAGUUUGUUCUGCAUCUGUGCGCACCUCACUUCAGGGACUAGAUUAUUUCUCAGCUGAAGGCAGCAAAGCAUUUGAUAUAUCAGAGAUCGUGGAUAAGCUUGGAGAUGUCUACAAACUUGGAAUGUCUUGGGCUAAAGAGCAAACAAGGAAGCUGAAGCUAGCAAAACGUUAUUUAAAGUGA